AUGGUCUCACGAUUUAUUUUCCCAUCAACAGCUUUCCUGGGGCUCGCUGCGUACACGCUGCGGUCUCCUAGCUCUAUUAUCCGCCAUGUUCAUUGCGAGUCCCACGAUUGGGAAUUCGCCAGGGCUCCCAAUAAUCAGUCACCAUUGGCAACUAAACCCCGGACUACCUUCUCCCCUUUGAUCUAUCGUCAAGUUGCAUCCGGGUCUUUUAUCGGUCUCGCUGCUGGGCUGGCUAUCUGCAGGUUUAGCAAAUCGAUCGCCUUGAUAUUCGGGAGUUUGCUGUUGCUUGUUGAGUUUCUGGCCAUGAAAGGGUUUCAUGUCAUUCCGUAUAAACGUUUGUCUAGGUGGACGAAGAAUAUUGAUCUGAAAGAUCUUAUUACAAGAAAUAUGGCGUUUAAGGUAUCUUUUGGUGCAGCUUUUGCGUUAUCGUCAUAUAAUUGAGCCUUAGUGGAGCCCAGGUUGCAGAAUGAAUACAUACAAUCGAGUGUCAUGUAUUAUAUCCAUAAAUACUACUACCGUUUUUCGGAUACUGAAA